CUAUCUUGCCUCUAAGUGGCUGUGGGCGAAAAUGGCACUUCACGUAAGCUGGGAGCACGAGUUGCAAGAACAAUUUUCCCUGUUGUCCGCCACCUCAGUUGAGGUUGAGAAUAAGUGCGAGAUAGACAUUUCACAGUCGGGGAGCACUACAAACGCGUACUUGUUACACCUGUGCGAUGAAGUUCUCAUUCUCAUUUUGCGAGAGCUAGACCCCAUGUCUUUGCUGAGGAUUGGAAGCACGUGUAGGUCGCUGUUUCGAGUGAGUUCCUGCAACUCGUUGUGGACGCAACACUUCCAGGCCUCCUUCGGAGUACCAUUCCCCACAGCCACAUGCUCAGCCUCCGCCAAAAACGCCUUCUGUCUCCUCUUCAUGUGGAGAGCGCUCUUCCGAAAUCUGCACUGUAAUAGAUCUCUCCAAGAAAAACUGUUCGCAGAGAUCCCUAACCCUCCACACAAGUACUGGAUUCAGUGGUUGGUUUUAGAAGAAAAUGUGCCUUUGCCCUCGGUCAGAUUACCCUGUAUCGAAAUAGAACCUUUAUGGGGUGUAGAUCAAGACGUGUUGGAGACCAAAAUAAAGGAGAAGUGUGAAGACGCUGACAUUGUCAAGUUUGAGUGGAAAGAGUUGUAUAACCUGGCUGUUGAGCAUCACGGAAGUGUUGAGUUGGUGUUUCAGCAUGUUCUCAACCAACACGACAGAAAUGACCACACUGAGCUCCAGUCCAUGUACAGGCAGUACAGCCAGUGCCGCUUCCAGUGGCUCUUCACCUACUGGCUCUUCCGGCAGCCACCGCCCUUCAACCGGCAGCUGCGCUCCAUCUACCUGCAGUGGCGGCAGCACAGCAAGAGCAAGGUGGCUUCCUGGGGCGAGACGCUGUGUGACGUCCACUACCUGGCCUCGCUGCACCGCAUCACCAGUGACUACUGGAGGGGCAGGCUGGCACGUGGGGAUGAGACUGUGGGAAUCCAGACAGUGGAGAACUACUUUUCAAUGUGCAAGUCACUGGUCGCUUGGAUCCUGGGCCGUGAUUGGGGGAAAUUGAAGCGCAAAAAGGUGUAUGAAGACACCCUGCAGGGCGUGUACCUGCUGCUGCGCAGGGAGAUGCGCGAGACGCUGGUGGAGCAUGAGCGCUUCUGGCAGGUGGCCAAGGUGCAGAUGAGCCGCGUGUGUGUGCUGGAGGAGACGGCUGCCAACUACGUCAACUGGAAGAUGAUCGAGACGCUGCCCUACUACAAACUGUACCUGGUGACGGGGAACUCCCUCUAUCUGGACUACGUGAAGGGCUUUCUGCGCAGGAAGAGGCUGAUCCACAACUGGCUCUACCUGGAGGAGAACACCUGGGCCAGGCAGCUCCUCCCAGACGAGCUCUUCUCCCUGCUGGAGUUCGACACCAAGAUCGCCCAGGACAGUCUGCAUGGAGACUCUACGUCUGCGCAGCUGAGCCGUCUCAUCUGGCUGUACCUGCACUCCGGACACCAGCUGUACCUGGAGGCGGUGAAGGGGAUGGUGCUCGAGUGUGCCCACGCCAACCUGGGCUUCUACCAGUACCAGACCGAGGCGCACGAUCACGCCCAGGAGCACUGUGCCCCCCAUGGGGGUCGAUAGCCUUGGCCAGCAGCCAGUUUUUUUUAUUUAUUUUUUUAUUGUCUUAGUUCUUUUUAAUGCCCUCUAUUUAAAGAAAUGUUUUUACCUGCUGUUUUUGUGAAGGUUUCCAAGUAUGUACUAGAGCACUCUUUGGAUGUAGAAGUUUUAAAAAUCUUUUAGACUUGUAAAAAGAGAGCAUCCAUCAUGGCGUGUUAGAGUGUUUCUUCAGUAAUGUGUGCCUUUACAAAUAUUUUGAUACCUCUUGUAAAUAUUUCGUAAUUGUCUGGAUUUACAUGUUGAGCAUCUGAUGAAGUACCUUUUUUUUUCCACUUUCCCUAGUGUUUUCCUUUCCCUAGUUUUCUUGUUUUAAAUACAUUCUGUGAUAAGAUUUUGCAACUUGUACAUAUGUGUAUAUCUGCUUUGUAUGGUUUUAUCAUGCAUAUGUAUUGAAUGUACGUGUAAAUGUCUCACCCCCUCCGCUCAUCAGUGAAUCUUGGAUUUG